AUGGGAAAAAGAAGAAGAGAUCGUUCUAAAAUUCGACGAAAAAUAAGACGCUUGGAACAAAGAUUGCGCGACUCGUCAACAAGCCAGGACGAGGAAGAAUAUAAUCGUUAUUACGUAAGAUCACCAACACCUGAGUCUCUGCGAAGGUCUUCGCAUUCAGACGAUGAUUAUGACUCUCAUAUUAGAUCUGAGUUUGUGGUUCCUGAUGGUCCGCAUCAACAGUGUGACGUUGAUCCUACAAUUACUGCAGGAACAUUCGAUCCACCGGUACAGGAUCCAGGCUCUAGUUCUAAAAAGGACUUAAUAUCGGCUUCAGAAGCAUUACCGCCUGAAAUAUUAGAAGCGCUUGGUGAUCCUACAGGCAAGGAAGAGGUCCUCGGCCCUCCCAUUAAUGAGGAGAUCUCUAAACGUUGGGAAAGAAUCCUGGUCGAAGGGUUAAUAAAGGAGGAAAAGGAGACAGCAUUAAAGAAAAUUUUAACACCACAAAAUUUUGUGUUGUCGAAAGCACCAAAGCUUAACUUAGAAUUAUGGGCCGUAAUAAGUGACACUAGUAGGCAUCGGGAUAAACUCCUUGAGAAAUCCCAGAACCAAUUGGGGUUGGGAAUCGCGGGUCUCUCCAAUUUAGCCUCGUCUUUGAUAAAAGAAGAACAUUCAAAGGUAGAAAUCUUAAAAAGGCUUUCAGAGACAGCAGUUAAACUGGAGAGGCCUACCCCGGUACCAAGCAAGCAGGGCUCCAAAACCGGGGGGGCCGAAACCGAGGUUCACGCCCCGCCAAGAAUACUCAACACAGCAAGGUCGGCGACAGACAGCUGUGAACCGAGGCCAACCUACCCGGAGUUCGGAUCACAGGACACGCAGGAACCAAUAGAGGGCAUAGGCAACAAUUUGUACAUCGCAACACUAAACACGAGGACACUAAGAACCCACGAGAGUUUACUAGAACUAGAAAAAUCCUUAGAAAACGUCAAGUUUGAUAUUUUAGGCGUCUGCGAAAUGCGAAGACUAGGCGAAAAAAUCGAAGAACAUAACAAUUAUAUACUGUACCAUAAGGGAGACAUUGCAGGCCAAAGGGGAGUAGGAUUUCUAAUAAAACGAACAUUAAAGAAAAAUAUACAAGAAAUAGUAGGAAUAUCUGAUAGAUUAGCCACACUCAGUUUAAAGCUUCCAGGGUAUAAGAAGCCAUGGAGUAUCAUACAGGCAUACGCACCAACAGAGAAAGCAGGGUUGCCAGUGCUUGAAGCUUUCUAUGAAGAAUUGUCAUCAACUUUAAAAAAGAACGCCGAUAAAUAUAUACUCUUGAUGGGAGAUUUUAACGCACAAAUUGGAGCAAGACAAAAUAACAACGAGACCAUCCUUGGUAAAUACGGCUAUGGAUCAAGAAGUCCGAAUGGCCAAAAAUUUGUCGAAUUCCUAAUGGAGCAUAACCUACUAGUAUUAAACUCAUACUUCAAGAAAAACAACAAAAACAAAUGGACCUGGAUCUCCCCUGAUGGCUGCUACAAAAAUGAAAUUGAUUAUAUAAUAACUAACUAUCUUAAAGCUUUCACUGAUACUAAGGUUAUAAGCAACCUCAACUUCAAUACGGACCACCGCAUGGUACGCUGUUCUCUUCGAAAAUCUCAGCCAAAAAUACCUCGACACCACAUGAAAGCUUUUAACACCGCAAAUAAGCAGUCGAGCCAGAAAAUAUAUAAGCCUUCCAACGAAAUUUACACAACAAUAACAAGCCGUGAAAUAGAAACAACAGAUAAAUACGAUACCCUAGAAAAAGAAUUGCAAAGCGUGCACAUUUCAAACAGCAAUAACAAAAAAACUAACAAGUAUCAACUUAGCGAAAAUACCUUGCAACUAAUAGAUGAAAGAAAACAGCUUAUAAAUAGCAGAAACAAACAAGGAAACAGAAAACAAAUUGCUGACAAAAGUAAAAAAAUAAAAGAAAGCAUAAGAAGGGAUCGCAAAGUCAAGAGAUUGAAGACAUUAGAACACCACAUCCAAAAAACAGGCGGAGUGAGAAAGGCCUUGAAAGAACUACGAGAAACAGGCAAAGAAUGGAUACCUAAACUCAAAAAAGGAUCGAGAAUUACUGCGAUACGUCAAAAGAUCCAAGACACAGCUACAAAUUUCUAUCGCCAACUGUAUGCUAGCACCAGCAUAGACCAGAAUACAAAGGGCUGCUACGACGAGACGCCUGGCAAACGGUUCAGCCAAAGGAAUUUGGAACCUGUAGAGGAUAUCCUGACAUGCGAAGUGGAAAAAGCGAUUAUGAGUCAAAAGAUGGAGAAGUCUCCGGGUCCAGAUAAAAUUUCCAAUGAAUUAAUGAGGGGAAAUAUAGAAGAACUGACUCCAAUCCUAACGAAUAUGUUCAACGAAAUCUUAGUCAGUAGCCAGAUCCCAAAACAAUGGGCAGCAUCACACAUCAUUCUGCUACACAAAAAAGGUGACAAAGAAAAUGUAGAGAACUACAGACCAAUAAGCCUCAUGUCGAACGUUUAUAAAGUGUUUGCAAAGGUAAUACUCAAUAGGAUAAGCAAACUUUUAGACGAACAACAGCCAAGCGAGCAGGCUGGCUUUCGGAAAGGCUUUUCGACUAUCGACCAUAUUCAUACAAUCAAACAGGUAUUGGAAAAAUAUAACGAGUACAAUAAGAAAAUAUAUAUAGCCUUCAUUGAUUACGCCAAGGCUUUUGACAGCUUAAACCAUGAAUAUAUAUGGGAAAGUUUAGAAGAACAAGGAAUACCAGAAACCUAUAUCAACAUCAUAAAAAGUAUCUACUCCAACAGUAAGGCUAGAAUACAAUUGGAAACGCUAGGAAAAGAGUUUAGUAUACAAAAAGGAGUGCGCCAAGGAGACCCUCUAUCCCCGAAACUGUUCUCUGCUGUACUGGAAAAUAUAUUUCGAAAAUUAAAUUGGGAUGAUUACGGUGUUAAUAUAAAUGGGUCAAGACUUCACCAUCUUAGAUUUGCUGAUGACCUAGUACUACUUGAGGAAAACCCUGAAAGUCUCGAGCACAUGAUUAACAAUUUAAACGACGAAAGUAUGAAAGUCGGGUUAAGAAUGAACACCAAAAAGACCAAAAUAAUCACAAACACUACUGAAGUUACAAUAAGAAUUAAAGACGAUGCUCUCGAAUAUGUCGAAGACUAUAUCUACUUGGGUCAAAUGAUAUCUACAAAAGACCAAAUGACGAAAGAAAUUAUUCUCAGGAUUGCAACGGGCUGGAAAAAAUACUGGUCGCUAAAAGAGAUAAUGAAAUCCAAAGAUCUGAGCAUGUCUACAAAACGGAAAGCCUUCAACACCUGCGUAUUACCUGUCUUAACAUAUGGUUGUGAAACUUGGGCCCUCACAAAAGCAUACAGGGAAAAACUAGCAAUCACACAAAGAGCAAUGGAGAGGAGUAUGAUUGGCUGUAAACGUCAAGACAAGGUUAGGAACAGCGAUCUAAGAAGAAUAACAAAAGUUACAGACAUACUCACUCGAAUUGACCUCCAGAAAUGGAGAUGGACUGGCCACAUGAUGAGGGAUAAAACAGGAAAAUGGAAUUGGAAAGUCACAGAUUGGUAUCCUAGAGAUGGUAAAAGAAAUCGAGGGAGACAACAAGUAAGGUGGGAAGAUGAGCUCAGACUGACGGCCGGACCAAAAUGGAGAAGGGUUGCCCAAGACAGGCAACAAUGGAAAUCACUGGAGGAGGCCUUUGCCAAAAGGCACACUGAAUUAAGAGACUUUUUACUAUAA